AUGAGCAGUUCAGGUAAGCAUCCUACCGGUUGCUGUAAGGCGUGUAACCGCCCGAACAACGCCGAAGUUAUGAUCGCUUGUGAUAUUUGUGGAAGCCGUUUCCACCACACUUGUGCGGGAGUGCAAUCGUCGACGUUACUCAAGCCUUGGAGUUGUGGCUAUUGCUCUAGCCGAGGCGACGGCACCAGCAGCUCAGCGAUAUCCGUCAGCUCUUCUAGUUCUAGUGCCCGAUUACGUUUGAGGCAACUGGAAGAGUCGAAAGCACUCGACGACCGCCUUUCACUCCAGCAGGCUGAGCGAGAACGGGCCUUUCUAGCUGAAAAACACCAACUAGAGUCGGAAAUCCAGGCAGAAAGACAGUUGAGGGGAAGUACAUCAAGCUUUAGGAGCAGGCACAGUCGUCAUAGCUACAAGAGUGAGAUUCGAACGUGGAUCAACCAGUCAACAGACACUCCAGGGAAGGCUGAGGGCCAACAAGCCGGUGCAUCAACAUCAACCCCGCUUGCAUCCACAGAAAACGUAGCGUUAGCGGUACCGGUCCAGCGAGUUGUCCCGCCAAGUCAGUCGACCAUUCUCCCGGAUCAUUCGACGGCAGUUCAAGAGAUUGUCAGUCACCGUUCACUCUCCGAAGCAAACAUCAUCCAAGCCCCGGGCAUUCAUCCUCCGAACGCCCAAGGUCAAGCAAGCAUUGUGGCUGUAGUUUCGGUAGCUGGCUGCGAUCCAUUAGGAACAGCAACAUUGACCAAUGCUGUUACCACCCCUCCGUUCGCGCAGUUGAUCUCAGCUCCGAAUCACGACGUCUUCCAGCAAGACCAGCAGAAACCAUCUCCGCCAUAUCCGAUCAGACGACAGCAUCCACCGACGAAUCAGUCAGGUCCAAAGGAACCAGCGUUGUCAGAUGCGGAACCAUUGGUGGGACGUCAGGUUCCUGCCCAAGCCUAUGCUGAAGGAGAAGUUCAUGCGGGAGCAAUAGGUCCGCAGCAACAGAAGGUGCCCCAGCAAGUCCAACAGCCUAAUCAACCUUUACGCCCCAAUACCGGUUACUACGUUCCGCCAGCCAUGAACCUGAAUACUCCAGCACAUCCAGCUGCAUCGUUUCCCGUACAGUGGCCACCAAAUGCUAAUGUGGGUUUCGUGGGUAAUCGAUACCCAACUGUCAGCCAGCAUCCCGUGCCACCAGCCAGCGCGUGUUAUCCCACAAGUUUCUAUCAGCCACCAUACAAUGCUGGUCAGCCCACAGGUCCAAUACCGACUUGGGGACCACUGAAUGCAGCACAUCAGCGGUCGAAUACGGUGCAGGAAGCCACAAUAAGAACCAACACGACGCAAGUUCAGCGGGAGCCUGGACAUAACACUCAGCAGUCCUUCGCAGGCCAAGCUCCGAGCUUCUACCCUGCGCCAACUGCUGAAGGAGUUUUGAGUGCACAACAUUUAGCCGCCCGUCAAGUUGUAUCCCGCGAUCUUCCCAGAUUUUCUGGUGAUCCCCUUGAGUGGCCAAUGUUCAUUAGCGCAUAUGAGUCCACGACAGCCAUGUGUGGGAUUCAGCCGGACGAGAACCUGGCCAGGCUUCAGAAAUGCUUGGUAGGAGGCGCCAGGGAGAAAGUUCUCAGCAUCCUAACGUUGCCGGCUGCGCUACCCGAGAUUAUUGAGACACUGCGGGAAGAAUGCGGACGACCAGAACAGCUGGUUCAUUGCCUCCUGGUAAAGAUUCGACACGCUCCUGCUCCGAACGUUAACAAACUUGACACGUUAAUUAACGUCGGCAGGGAGAUCAGGAACUUGGUAACCUAUAUCGAGGCUGCAAAUUUGCAGGAUCAUUUGUCGAAUCCGAUGCUAUUGUCAGAACUUGUAGGGAAGUUGCCCCCAAGUCUUCGGCUUGAUUGGGGGCUUCAUACGCAGAAGGUCCCCCAAGUGACGCUAAAAGCUUUUAGCGAUUACGUCACGUCAAUUAAGGCUGCUGCGUGCAAGGUUUCAUUGCCAAAUGAAAGCAGUCAGGAGGAAAGCCGUCGUGGAAAAAAGGAGAAAGGUGGUUUCGUCAAUGCACACUCCAUCGAUGAGAAGCGUGUGACCGAGUGCAGUACGAGAAACACGAAUAACACAUCGUCUUCUAAGAAGGAGUUUCUGCCUAGGUCCGAAACCUUCAAACCCAAGCCAUGCCCUGUUUGCAACCGGAACGAUCACAAGCUUCGAGAAUGUGAAAAGUUUAUCGGCUUCAAUGUGGAUCAGCGAAAGCGUCUUGUCGGUGAAAUGAAGCUGUGCCAACGUUGCUUAGGGAGCCACGGCAAAUGGCCAUGCAGAAUGAAGCAGUCAUGCGAGGUCGACGGCUGUGCAGAAACGCAUCAUAAACUUCUGCAUCCCUCGAAACCGAAAACCAACAGCAGCGUCCAACCAGCAGGUUCUUCUGGUGUUAUUUACGCCCACUGUUCACGGCAAGCCGGCGUACUAUUCAAGGUACUUCCCGUCAUUCUCUCUAGUAACGGGAAAUCCGUCUUGACCUUCGCUUUUCUGGAUGACGGAUCCAACCUCACGCUGAUGGAAGAGGAAAUUGCCGAUGAGCUUGGAUUGCAGGGUAACGUAAGUUCAUUAUGCAUCCAAUGGACCGGUAGCGUAACAAGGAAAGAACCGACCUCACGACAAGUUGAGCUGCGCAUUUCGGGCGUCCAUGGUGGACCGGAGUAUACCAUGUCCGAAGUCCAAACCGUGCCUCACUUGGAUCUGCCUCAACAAAGCCUGGACUAUGAGAAACUCUCCAAGGAAUUCCCACACUUAAGGGGACUUCCAGUACGAAGCUUUUCGAAUGCGGUGCCCAAGGUUCUUAUUGGACUAGAUAACGCGGCGUUGAAGCUGACACUGGACAAACGCGAGAGACGUAGCAGGGAACCAAUAGCUGCCAAAACGAGACUUGGGUGGACGAUUUUCGGAGGAGCACAAGGAGGACAACAACGGGCUGAUCGUGUCAUGCUACACGUAUGCAAUUGUAAUGAAGACGAGACUCUUCACAAUCUCGUCAACGACUACUUUUCGGUAGAAACCAUUGGUGUUAACCCUACGAUGCCUUUAGAGUCACCUGAAGAUCAGCGAGCAAGGCAGAUCUUGGCCCAAACUACUCGCCGCACUGACUCAGGAAGAUUCGAAUGCGGCCUGUUAUGGAAAAGCGACGACUUCGAACUCCCUGAUAGCUACAAAAUGGCGGAACGACGGAUGGUUUGUUUGGAGAAGAAGCUCGGAAAAGACCCAGCUCUGAAAAUGAAAGUGUUAGAGCAGAUUGACGAGUAUCUGGAUCGCGGAUACGCCCACAAGGCUACUGAGGACGAGCUACGAGAUUCCGACCAACGUCGGGUAUGGUAUCUUCCCAUUGGCAUCGUCCAGAAUCCCCGGAAACCCGGGAAAGUACGAAUUGUAUGGGACGCGGCGGCACGCAUCGGAAAUACAUCGCUCAAUUCAAUGCUGCUCACUGGACCAGACCUUUUGACUCCACUUCUGAAGGUCAUGUACGGAUUCCGGCAACGACAAUAUGCUGCAGUUGGCGACGUACGACAAAUGUUUCACCAGCUGUUGGUUAGACAGGAAGACAGGCAGGCUCAACGUUUUCUAUUCCGGACAGAUCCGGAACAAGCACCGACAAUCUACGUAAUGGACGUCGUAGUUUUCGGAACAUCGUGUUCUCCGUGUCUUGCUCAACAUGUGAAGAAUACAAACGCUGAGGAGUACAAGGACCUGUAUCCAGAUGCGGCCUCGGCAAUCAUCAACAAAACCUACGUCGACAAUUUCCUGGAUAGCAGAGACAGUAUCGAAGAGAUGGUCCGUAUAGUCAACGAGGUGCGCUGGAUUUUCGACCAGGCUGGAUUCGAACUUCGAAACUGGCAGUCCAAUUCCGAGGACGUUCUUCGACGGGUCGGGGCCGACAUCAACGAAACUGCGAAAUCCUUCUCGGUGGAAAAAUCUACGGUUGCCGAACGAGUCCUGGGAAUGAGAUGGGACCCCAAGGACGAUUUAUUCGUGUUCGAUACACAAUUUCGUGAAGAUCCUCUACCGUUGCUGACAGGAGUCAUCGUUCCUACUAAACGACAAGUUCUUCGCGUGGUUAUGAGCCAUUUUGAUCCUCUGGGCAUCGUAGCUACCUACACUGUGCACGGAAAAAUCCUUAUCCAGGACGUGUGGAGAUCUCGCGUAUCGUGGGAUGAUCCAAUAACGGCGGAAGACUUCGAAAGCUGGCAGCGCUGGGUGAAACUAGUUCCAAACCUGACGCAGGUUGAAAUUCCGCGAUGCUACUUCCCGAACUAUGACCCGGCCAGUUACGAUUCUAUUGAAAUCCACGUUUUCGUCGACGCUAGCCUGAAAGCGUACUGCGCCGCAGCGUAUUUUAGGAUCAUCGACAAUGGCUCGCCACGUUGUGCCCUAGUAGCAGCAAAGACGAAAGUGACACCAUUACAACCGCAAUCAAUUCCAAGAAAUGAACUGAGUGCCGGAGUAAUCGGAGUGCGACUGCUUAAAAGUGUUCUGGAGAAUCACUCAAUACCUGUCAAGAAACGGUACAUGUGGACGGAUGCAACGACCGUUCUGGCUUGGUUGAGAGAAGACCCAGGAAAUUAUCGGCAAUUUGUAGCUUUUAGAGUUGCCGAAAUUCAGACAGAGACACGCGUGGAGGAGUGGCACUACGUACCAUCGAGUUUGAACGUUGCGGACAAGGGUACAAAGUGGGGAAGUGGACCCUGCUUCGAUCCAGCCAGUCAGUGGUUCACGGGACCUGAAUUCUUGUAUCGCGCAGAAAGUGAGUGGCCACGUCAACCAGCGAAGUUUGCGGAGCCACAGGAAGAAGUCAGAGUGGUCAAUCACCACGCAGCAGUUUGCGACUUCGUCGUAGACUUGACGAAGUUUUCCAGUUGGGGAGAUCUGCUCAAGAACAUCGGCUACUUGUAUCAUUUCGUUCAUCGUUGUCGAUCAUCACCAAGAGUGAUGACCAAGAGCAGAGUUUCAGUCUUGGAGCAGAAAGAUUAUGCGGCGGCUGAAAGAAGUGUUUGGCGAGUUAUCCAAAGUGUGGAGUAUACCGGUGAAAUCGCAACUCUCCUCAAGAAUUCCGAGCUUCCCAGCGACCAACAGAUGCCGUUGGAGAGAAACAGUCUGCUCAAAAAGCUGUCCCCAUUUUUGGACGACGAAGGUGUGCUGAGGAUGCGUAGCCGUAUUAAUGAUGCUGCCAUCUACUAUUCCUACGACUUUCAAAACCCAGUGAUCGUUCCAAGGAGAAAUCACGUCACCGAACUGCUGAUCUACAAGUAUCAUCAACGCUAUGGACACGCUAACGUCGAUACCGUCGUCAACGAGUUGCGGCAACGCUAUUACAUAGCCAGAGUUCGUUCCGUAGUGAAAAACGUAGUAAAGCAGUGUAUGUGGUGCAAGGUUUAUCGAGCGAAGCCGGCCGAACCAAGAAUGGCGGAUCUACCACAUCCCAGAUUGAAGCCUUACGUUCGUCCGUUCACAUUUACUGGCCUGGACUACUUUGGGCCGUUGAUAGUGAAGCAUCGUCGGAGUAACGAGAAGCGGUGGGUAGCACUAUUUACGUGUUUGACCGUGCGGGCUGUACACGUGGAAGUAGUGCAUUCGCUAUCAGCAGAAGCCUGUAAAAUGGCGAUUCGCCGUUUUAUUUCCCGAAGAGGUGCUCCGCAGAAAAUUUUCAGCGACAAUGGCACUAACUUUCGAGGAGCCGACCGCGAACUUGUCAAUGAAACAAGAGCCAUCAAUCGGGAGCUUGCGGCUAUAUUCACCAACGAAGAAAUCUAA